GUGAAUUUUGGCUUUGUGAAAAGUGAAGGGAGAAACCUUUGACUAAGGCGGUUUGACAUCUGACCUGCGUUCCUCUGGCGGUCAAGGGUCACGGGACUGAGGAGUGGGCGAGUAGGGGCGGGGUUGGGAGGUGGUCCAAUGAUAAGGAGAAAAAAGGGAUGAUGGGAGAACUGGCGAAGAGAGGUACGUCCAAGUGAGAAUGUUGGGAGUAGGAGGUGGACAUUUACCUGAGGAGUGCUGAAGGCCAGUGUGAAAUCUUGUUGAACGGGAGAGGUUUGUUUGGAGGUCUGUUUCUGUGCGUUGCGGAAGAUGGGGAGAAGGUGGUCAAAGGUCUGAGGAUGGUUGGUUUAUGAGUGACCAAAAGUUCUCUUUACACUGAGCCGGCAGGGAGUGGGGCAAAGAUGCCAAUACCUCCUCCCCCUCCCCCUGGACCACCCCCACCCCCGAAUUUCAAUCAGGCAAACACAGAUCCUCCAAAACUGAGCAGAGAUGAACAGAGAGGGAGGGGAGCUCUGCUGCAAGACAUCUGUAAAGGGGCCAGGUUGAAAAAAGUGGCCCAAGUCAAUGACCGGAGUGCACCCAUCAUCGAGAAAUCCAAGGGCAGUGGCAGCUAUUGUUCUGGUGCGUCUCCCCUGCCACCAAAGGGUGGCCUCUUCCAAGGUGGUGUCCCCAAGCUUCGACCUGUGGGAGUGAAGGACAGUUCAGACAGCCCCUCUGGAAAGCAGUCACUUCAGGUCCCUGGGUCCAGAUCAGUUGCGCCACGGCCCCCUGUGUCUGCGACUAGCAGUCGGCCCCAAGAUGACUCUGAUAACAGCCGGGCAUCUCCUCCGGAACUUCCACGCAUGCAGAGACCUUCCUUACCAGAUCUCUCACGGCCAAAUACUGCCAGUGGCACUGGCAUGAAACACAGCUCAUCAGCUCCACCUCCUCCACCCCCAGGACGCCGAGCCAAUGCACCCCCUGCUCCUCCUUCCAUACACAGCAGCAAAGCACCUUCCUACAACCGUGAGAAGCCAUUGCCACCAACUCCAGGACAGCGGCUCCCAGGGAGUCGGGAUGGACCACCAGCUCCUCCCCCUAUCAAGCCACCCCCUUCCCCAGUGAAUAUUCGAACGGGACCAAGCAAUCAGGGCCAAUCUCUGGCACCCCCUCCUCCACCUUACAGGCAACCCCCUGGUGUCCCCAACGGCCCUGCCAGCCCCACCAAUGAGUCUGCUCCUGAGCUUCCACAGAGACACAAUUCCUUGCAUCGAAAGACACCAGGGCCUGUGAGGGGCAUGGCUCCUCCCCCACCCCCUUCAGCUUCCCCUUCUUUACAGAGCAAUCGGCCCCCACCUCCUGCCCGUGAUCCUCCAAGCCGGGGUGCAGCCCCUCCGCCACCACCACCCAUGAUCCGGAAUGGUGGUAGAGAUGCACCUCCGCCUCCCCCGCCCUACCGAAUGCAUGGGUCUUCUGAUCCUACGAGCCGUGGGAAACCACCCCCACCACCCACCAGAACGCCAGUUGGACCUCCUCCUCCUCCCCCACCCAUGAGAAAUGGACACCGGGACUCAAUCUCCACUGUCAGGUCUUUCUUAGGAGAUGACUUUGAAUCCAAAUACUCUUUUCAUCCAGUGGAAGACUUCCCAGCACCAGAAGAGUUCAAGCACUUCCAGAAGAUUUAUCCCAGCAAAACGAACAGAGCUACUCGUGGCGCCCCUCCUCUGCCUCCCAUCCUGAGGUGAAAAACAGCAGCUGGGCUUGGUUGCACAGCACCAAAAAAAAUGGACCUGCUCUCAGAUUUCCUCCUGCCUUCCCAUCCCUCAGAAACCUGCAUGAAAAACACAUUCCACCUAUUGAUUUUUCCCCAACUGUUGCAAGAACCUGGAUGAAUUGACCAUUACUCACCUCCAUCUAUGCAUUUCACACUCGGACUUAAAAGGACGUCUCUUGGCACAGCUGGGUGAGAACCCUCUUCUGCAGAUCUGUGUUGGUUUCUCCUUUGCCAUGUCAUGAAGGGAGAGCCCCCAGUUCCUAAAUGACUACUGUUCAAGAACAAGGGUGCAGUGAAUAUUUCCCAGAAAAGCAAGCCAAAAAGGAUAUUUUGGGAUCUCUGGCCAGGUUGAAGCAAUGGAUGCUUGCCUAGGAUAGUGGAGGAAAAUGGCCACGAGUUAGUUGAAAUCAGGAAUUCUGUUUUUUUUAAAAAGUGAGCAUUUAAAGGAACUGAAAUAGCUAUCCCCUUACACAAUGUAACGAGUUAAUAUGUAGUGUUUGCAUUCAAAACACUACAUACUAACUCAUUAAACUGUGUAACUUGAAGGGAGGAGGGAAGAAAAUGGGUAUAAACAGCAUCCCUGAUCAAAUUCUAAAUGGGGAAAGCUAUACGAAUGUAGCAGUGUCUAUGGUAGCACAAGUGAAAUUCAGGGUGUACACUUACGCUACAUUGCUGCAGCGCUGCUUGUCCUACAGAUCCAGAGCUCUUAUCUUUCCCAUGAGUGUUGGCUGCUGGCAUCCCAGCUCGAGCCACUGUGAACUCCUAAUCAUACAAUGCUUGUGCAGCAUCUUUUUACAUACAGGCAUCACACAUGAACUGACCAUUGUAUCUGGUGGCCACUACUGCCUCAUGUACAGUAUUUUAAAAUGGCAGAGGACAAGGGCAAAUAACUGGAAGCCAUGGAGGAAAGAUGUAAGAGCAAAAGUAGGAUGGUUGGGGAGACAGAGUUUUGGCAAUCUGGCUGGAGAAGUGCAGCAGCAUGAUGGUCCCCAGGCAUGGCAUAUUGAGGAAUCCUGGGUAUAAACAUUGCAGCAGUGCAGGACAGAGUGUGCUUUAGGUCCCAAGUUGUUAACACUCUCCCCUGUGUCUUCAGAAAAUUACUUCUUACUGUUUCCACAAGUGGGAGUCAUUGUCCCAUCUUAAGUUCUUGAGCUGUGGAAAGCUUUGAGAAGGAUUUGUCUUAAAUAAUUAAACCUCUAGAAGCAGGUGUGUUUUAGUUUACUUUUGUGCUGAGGAGUGAGUGGGUACUGACUGGCUGCCCACCCUGAGGAAGACAUCAUCACUAAGGCAUUGGAAGUAAGUCAAAUUGAGAAGCAUUCACCUCUGGUUAUGAGUGGCAUACUAUUCCAGGUCCCGCCCCCCCCCUUCAGUAUGUGUAAAUGUAAAUGCUUAAACCAUAAAUUUACUGUUUUAACUCAAAGUUGAUCAUUGUAACAGUUAAUAAACAUUCCAGAAAAGUAAUUUCUAAAGUUAGGGAAGACUAGAGAGCUCCUCUCAUGCUUUACAUUUGUCAGUUGUACGCAACUGACCAUGUUCUCAAUUAUUCUCCUACAUGAUUGUGAAGAGGGUUGCCAUCUGUGUACAUGAUUGUUGGGAUACUUGUUAUGUCCUUUGUAGUAGUGCCACCAAAAUGGUCUUGGUGUCUUGGUUGUAGCAUGGAAAACCUGGCCUGGCAUCAGAGGUAGAGCUUAUAGUGCUGGCCUGGUGCUUGACCAUCAGAGCAGUGGCAUUCCUGCUUGUGUUUUGCCAGUGCCAGGAAAUAAGUUCCAGUUCUGGGUUUGCACAUUUGCUUCUCAGUGGACUAAUUUGCAGUGCUGAAAAUACUCUCCUGUGGGAAUGCAUGCUUGUCUCCGUUCUUGUAUGGCCUGCUGGGAAAUCAUUGCUAGACUGUUACUGAACAGUGGAUGUAUCCUAUUCUGGGAUAAACACUAUUGAUCUGUCCCUGAAACAGAAGCAGAAUUCAUCUCCUCUUCUUGCCCCCUGCUUGUUUAUACUCAAUGCAGAUGGUUAUAACAUCAAACCUAGCUAGCUGGUUGGUUGGUUGGGUUUUUUUUGCCUUACACAGUACUUCUGUCAUGUGAUUGGUACCUGAUUUAUUAUAAUUAUUGUGUAUAUUUACUCUUAAAUAACUUGGGGGUUGGGAAAUAUGUGUUAUAAUAAUAAAUAUUGAUCUAUUUUGUAUGUUGUAAAAAGUUUGUAAUAUAGGAUCAAGGUAGGCUUGCUGGCCAUAUACUACAAAAGUUCCCUCACCUUUUUUUUCUACGAUGAUGGAAAUUCAUCUGCUUUUAUGUUAAUGACCAGGCAGUCCCUCAUGUUGAGGGGUAGUGCUUGGUUGGAGGAAUUUCUUUUUUUUCUUCUGGAGGAAAAUUAAAUCUUACCCAGCAUAGCUUGCUGGGAAGAGAAGCUAAAUACACUGUGCAUUUUGGAUGUGUGUGUUUAAUUUUUGUUAAAGGCUAUGUUCCCUGUGAUGUUAGCUUCCAGUAAGUAAAUCUUUUGGGAAGCAAUUGUCAAGGGGGUUCCUAAUUUUGAAAUGGCAGCGGAAUUAAAAGUGAAUAAAAGAGGCACCUGUGUUAUACUUGCAUGUUCUGGGCCAAAGCA